AUGCAGCAACCAGGGCAAAUGUUUCCAGUUACGCCUUCAUUUCCUCCUACUAACAUCACCACUGAGCAGAUUCAGAAGUACCUUGACGAGAACAAGAAAUUGAUAUUGGCGAUUUUGGACAAUCAGAAUCUUGGAAAACUUGCUGAAUGUGCCCAGUACCAGGCUCAACUUCAAAAGAAUUUGAUGUAUUUGGCAGCAAUUGCCGAUGCUCAAUCGCAGACACCUGCGAUGCCUCCCCAGAUGGUUCCGCACCCAGCAAUGCAACAAGGAGGGUUUUACAUGCAGCAUCCUCAAGCUGCAGGCAUAGGUCAGCAGCCAGGUAUGUUUCCCCAAAGAGCGUCCUUACAGUUCAAUAAUCUACAUCAAAUGCAAGACCAGCAGCAGCAUCUAUCCCAACAUCACUCCCAGCCACAAGCCAUGCAAGCUCACAUGGGUAUGCGGCCUGCUGGGGCUAGUAAUGGCAUGCACCUCACAAAUAACGACGCUACUCUUGGAGGGAGUGGCCUGGUUUUGAAUUCCGGCCUAGCUGAUAUACGUGGAGGAAGUAAGCAAGAUAACCCUGCGGAAGGGUCCUCUGGAGCCAAUGGGCAGGGAACCUCAGAUGCUGCACAUGGUGGUGGAGAUGGAGAGGAAGCUAAAUAA